AAGAAUCAAGCCCAGCUGCACAAAAAACAAAAGCUCUCUCCUUCUGCUUCUCGCCUCUCUGUUUUCUUUCGACCAAGUCGAGCAAUUAUUUGCUCUCCGGCGCCGGCAGCUCCCCGGAGCUAGCAGCCGCCACCGACCCACCUCGGGUCAGAGUUAUACUUUCUUGAUUGUGUCUCGAACGGAGACGGAGAGGAGAAAAAGAAUUCUGGGAAUUCUUUUGCUUCUCCUAUAUCAUAUUUGUAAAAUAGCAAUUGGUGGGCUGGUAAAGAGGGAAUAGAGAUUAGAUAAUUAGGGAUGAAUAAAUUAUUGAAUAAAGUACGGAACUUGGAUGCUUACCCGAAGAUCAAUGAGGAUUUUUUCAGCCGUACGCUCUCCGGUGGUGUUAUCACUCUUGUUUCCUCCAUCGUUAUGCUCUUGCUCUUCAUCUCCGAGCUCAGGCUAUAUCUCCAUACUGUUACAGAAACCAAGCUUGUAGUGGACACUUCAAGGGGAGGAAAACUACAUAUCAAUUUUGAUGUCACUUUUCCUGCCAUUCGGUGUUCAUUACUUAGUCUUGAUGCCAUGGAUAUCAGUGGGGAGGAACAUCUGGACAUAAGACAUGACAUAUUCAAGAAGAGAAUCGAUUCUUAUGGUAAUGUGAUUGAAGUCAGACAGGAUAAAAUUGGUGCUCCUAAGGUUGAGAAGCCUUUACAAAGACAUGGUGGCCGGCUAGAGCACAAUGAGACCUAUUGCGGUUCAUGUUAUGGAGCAGAACUGUCAGAUGAUGAUUGUUGUAAUUCAUGUGAAGAAGUUCGUGAGGCUUACCGUAAAAAAGGUUGGGGGUUGACAAAUGUGGAUUUGAUCGACCAGUGCAGAAGAGAAGGUUUUAUUCAACAGAUUAAAGAUGAAGAAGGUGAAGGAUGCAAUAUUCAUGGAUCUUUGGAGGUUAAUAGAGUGGCUGGAAAUUUUCAUUUUACCCUUGGUAAAAGCUUUCAUCAGUCAAAUGUUCAUGUGCAUGAUUUGCUGGCUUUAUCUACAGAGAGUUAUAAUAUAAGCCACAAAAUUAAUAAGCUAGCCUUUGGAGAUUCUAUUCCUGGAGUCGUAAACCCACUAGAUGGAGUGCACUGGGAGCAUGAAACACCAAAUGGAAUGCAUCAGUAUUUUAUUAAGGUGGUUCCCACUAUAUAUACUGAUAUUAGAGGCCGUAGUAUUGAGUCAAAUCAGUUCUCGGUGACAGAGCAUUUUAAGAGCUCAGAAGCGGGUCAUUCUCGUACACUUCCUGGGGUUUUCUUCUUUUAUGACCUUUCUCCUAUUAAGGUGACAUACAAGGAGGAUCAUGCAUCUUUCUUACACUUCAUGACCCAUAUUUGUGCAAUUGUUGGAGGUAUCUUCACAAUUGCUGGAAUAGUAGAUGCAUUGAUUUACCAUGGUCAAAAGGCAUUGAAGAAAAAGAUGGAAAUCGGAAAAUUCAGCUAAUGUGGUUUCAUUGUGCGAUACUGCUUCAUUUUCAUUUGAUAGGUUUGACUAAGCUAUGCGUUCAAAUGUGAAGCAGUUGGGCGAAUUUUUGCCCCUUGACGAGUCUCUUUAGUGCUGAACUUUUCUGUUCUAUCUGAUGACAGUCACAGGUGAAAACCUAAGCACCAAGCAAGCCAAUACUACGUUGAUAUGAUAUCCAUCUUCUUUUUUGUUGGCUCAAUUUAGUGAGUUCUGAUUGAUUCUUGGAUUGACUCGUGAUGUUUAGUGUGCAGUAAGAUUCCAAGUUUUCAUGUCUACAAGGUUGCUGGAUGGCCUCUGUCAUUUGAGAACUGGGGGACUGUUUUAGACUGAAUGUACUUUCAUAGACAAUCCCUGUCUGAUGGCUAAAGUUGCAUUUUGUUCUGAUUCAUUUAUCAAAAGAAAGGAAGGAAAUUAGCCCUUUAGUUUUAGUAUAUAAAUUUCAGUUUAAUA